AUGAUGACAAGCAUGUUGCGUAACCAGUCUCCGGCUACUAACGAGAAUGAUAUCCGGAUGAGGAGCAAUCGUCCAGGCAAAGAUAACAAGGAGAGCAAAGAGUCUAAGGACAACCAGGCAGCUCAGCAGCAGCAGCAGCAGCAGGGCCAACAGAAUCAACAACCAGAAGGAGGAUCUAGUCAGCCUUCCUCACCAGCCCAUACGAGAGACAGAGGACUGGCAAAAAAAUGCUGCUUCUGUUGGUGCUGUGCUCCUCCUUGCUUCUCUAACAUGGUUGUGAAAAAUGAUCACCUCUCACAAAGCCGAUCAAAGGAAUUGGAUUCUAACAGUGAUCGAGAAGAAAUAUUAUCAUUAGAAGAAAUGAAAAACUGGUCCGAAUCAUUUGACAGACUUAUUAGAAGUAGUGGUGGCCGGAGAAAAUUUCGAGAAUUUCUACGAAUGGAAUAUAGUGAAGAAAAUAUGUUGUUUUGGCUAGCAUGUGAAGAAUUGAAGAGAGAACAAAAUUCAGAACUAAUAGAAGAAAAAGCCAGGUUAAUAUAUGAAGAUUAUAUUUCUAUACUGUCACCAAAAGAGGUGAGCUUAGAUUCCAGAGUGAGGGAGGUGAUAAAUCAGAAUAUGUUGGAUCCGUCUCCACACACAUUUGAUGAAGCGCAACUUCAAAUUUAUACUUUAAUGCAUCAAGAUCCUUACCCACGCUUCCUCAAUUCCCAGCUGUACAAAAAACUCAUCGAGGAGGCCUCGUCGUGA